CAUGGACAUCGUUGCCUUUCUGAAGUCUCAAUUCAUUUGCCACCUUCUGAUCUGCUACAUAUUUAUAGUGUCAGGACUGAUCAUUAACUUCAUUCAACUCUUUACACUUAUACUUUGGCCAAUCAACAAGCAACUGUUCAGGAGGAUCAACUGCAGGCUGGCUUACUGCAUUUCAAGCCAGAUGGUGAUGUUGCUGGAAUGGUGGUCAGGCACCAAUUGCACCCUCUACACUGACCCAGAGAGUUACCACAAGUAUGGGAAGGAGAAUGCCAUCGUAAUCCUUAAUCACAACUUUGAAAUCGACUUUCUCUGUGGUUGGAAUUUUUGUGAAAGAUUUGGGGUCUUGGGGAGUUCCAAAGUGCUUGCAAAGAAGGAGCUCUCCUACAUGCCUAUCAUUGGCUGGAUGUGGUAUUUCUUAGAGAUAGUCUUCUGCAAGCGUAAGUGGGAGGAAGAUCGGAAAACAGUCAUGAAGAAGUUGCUGAAUCUUCGGGACUACCCUGAAAACUUUUGGUUCCUGAUUCAUUGUGAGGGCACAAGAUUCACAGAACAGAAGCACCAGAUUAGCAUGCAGGUAGCUGAAGCCAAAGGCCUGCCCAAGCUCAAGUAUCACCUACUGCCACGAACAAAAGGAUUUGCUGUCACUGUGCAGUGUUUGAGAAAUGUAGUUUCUGCAGUCUAUGAUUCUACCCUCAAUUUUAGAAAUAAUGAGAAUCCAACAUUGCUGGGAGUUCUAAAUGGAAAGAAGUAUCAUGCAGAUUUAUAUGUAAGGCAAGUAAUCCAUAUGUCUAACUGGCUCCACAAACUGUAUCAAGAAAAGGAUGCAUUCCAGGAAGAAUACUACCGAACAGGAACCUACCCAGCAGUCCCUAUAGUACCACCCCGACGACCAUGGACGCUUUUGAACUGGCUUUUCUGGGCCUUAUUGCUGCUAUAUCCUUUAUUCAAGCUGCUCAUCAACAUGAUCAACAGUGGAUCAUCACUGACAUUGGCUAGUUUUGCAUUUGUCAUUGUAAUGGCUUCUGUUGGUGUCAGAUGGAUGAUAGGCGUUACAGAAAUUAACAAGGGCUCCACCUAUGGCAACAAUGACAACAAGCAGAAACAAAAGUAG